AAUCUUCUAACUUCUUGUAUAAAGGGAAGUUCUCAGCAGUCACAGAACACCAUGUGUUACAGCUAAACCACAGCAUAUUUUAUCUCUUGACAGAUCCUUAACAGUUGAAGGCUGACACUUCCUCAUUCGCGCUGAAUUUUGCGAAUUUAUAAGACACAUUGUGAUAGUAAAUUCAAUUUUAUGCAACAAAUAGGGCUACAAAGUGCUGAACAAAGAAAUGGCUAAUAAUGAAGAGGCAACCGAUUUUACAGAAAACCAAACUGGUCUGUAUUAUGAUUAUUUGAAUUAUACUUAUGGGGACAUUCUUUUACCUGAAGAUCCAAUCAUCACACAUUUCAACACUGUUACCUUUAUCAUGGUAAUGUACUGUUUCGUUUUCCUCUUUGGAACGGGGGGGAAUAUUUUUGUUAUCUACAUAAUGUUAAGGAAGAAAAAGAAGAGGAGACUUGCAGAUAUUUUUAUUACUCAUCUGGCUUUUGCAGACCUUGUUUUCCUCAUCACCCUACCACUGUGGGUAGUUUCAUUGGCUUUGAACAACCGAUGGCCAUUUGGAGAUUUUCUUUGCAAGUUUGCCUCCUACGUCAUUUCUGUCAACAUGUUUUCCAGCAUCUUUUUCAUGACCUGCAUGAGUAUCGACAGGUACAUGACCAUUGUUUUAUUGAUGAACACCAGGGCAAUGAGAGACAAACAAUAUACUCAGAUAAUGAUUAUGAUUGUGUGGGUAUUGGCAGUCGGUUUGGGCAUCCAAGCCUUUUUUUUCAGGAGUGUUAAUGAGGAACACGAUCUGAAAUACUGCAGUGAAGUCAGUUCCGUGGCUAAGACUGUAUUUAGUCUGUUUACAAGGGUCGUAGCUUUUUUGCUUCCCCUCUUGACCGUAACAGUCUGCUACUCUUUCAUUGCCAUCAAACUCAACCGCCACUUUACCCGAUUGAAUAAUGAGGGGAAAAAGCAACGAAGAUCCAUCAAGACUGGGCUUUGGAUUAUAGCCAUGUUUGUCAUUUCGUGGCUCCCUUUCAACAUAUUAACCACAAUACGGACAUUAAAUGAGUCAAAAUACAUUGAACUGUCUUCUGGAAAUGCAGACAGGGUUGACAGAAGCCUGAGUUUUACAACUUGCUUGGCUUUCAGUAACAGUUGUGUCAAUCCUAUCAUCUAUGUGGUAUUUGAUGGUUAUUUCCAGAGAUGUUUUUUAAAGGUAUUACCUUGUGCUAUUGCCCAGAUACUGGCAACAAGAAGAUCCAGCUUGAGCAUUUCGGUUUCACAUGUUGAAAGAGAUUCGGCUUCCAACAAAGACAUUUCCCAUGCUGGGAGGCAUCAUUCUUCCACAGAAAUGAAAUAGGCAUAGUCUCACCUGGUCUCACCUCAUUCAUUUUUUUUAAUCAAAAUAGUUUUCAGUAGAGGCUUUCAGAAAUGAAUGGGAGAAACAGUUUAUUAUUUGAUUGACACAUUGAUGGUUUAACACUUGAUUUCAUAAUAUGAGGUGAAUGUAAGGUUUUAUACAAAUGCAGAUAUAUAAAUUAUGUGUCCUUACAAUUGUGUAAUUUGAUCCGUAACAUCCAUUAAAGUUUGCAUUAUAGAAUGUAUAUAACUAUUGUUAUGCCUGUUUUUAAAAUUAAUUAAUUAAUAGGUUGCUAUUACUAUGUUUUACUAAACUUAUUGAAUACAUAACUAAAUGUGUGCUUUAUAAAGCCAACAUGUGAAAAUCGGAUUAUUUGUGUGGCACUAAUUAUGUUUAUUUGUUUAUAUUUUGUGAUCCUAAUUAUAUCAAUUAAAGUAAUAAUAAAAAUAAUAAAAAUAUACUCUGUAGAAUAUAUUUUUGACAAACAAAAAUAUAAAAUAUUAUGACAUAAGACGACUGGCUUUCCAUUUAACUGCUGCAUAGUAAAUAGUUGAUCAUUUUGUUGCUCUUUGUAUAUUUGCAAUAGUACUACUAUACAGUCUGUAAAUACAAAUACACUGUCUUUUUAGAAAAAUUGAACAA